AUCAACUCCAGCUCUGAAUAUAGUGAAGUCACAUUAUAUUCGCUAGAUUCAGAGUUCGAGUUGGUAUCAAAUACUUAUAGGAAGAUCUUGUCUCUCGGAUUGCGAAAGGGAGCCCCUGUUUUGUCAACAAAUAGAAACCUAAGGUGAUCAGUUGACGAUGGAGAAUGGCUCCGAAGAGGUCCUUCACGUGGAAACUAUUUAAGCUCACUGCCGUGACAGAUGCUGCAUAAGCCUAAAGCCUAAACUAUUUUAAGGAGUCCGCUCACAGCAUGCACCAGUAAUCGAUGGGAGGCUUAUUUUGAUCAGUCACAACUUUUACACUGUCACUGAAAUCGUUUCAAAUACCACCCUCGGUGCACGACCCUUCAUGCACCAACCGUUCUCCUCCGAAACUUUGUCUCCUCUCUAGGCGGUAUCUCGAAAGAUGCUUGUUUGGCUGAGGGGAGAGUCGGACGGAAAUUAUCGUCGUGAUCUCUUGAGGACUGUCAGGAGGGUUUUUGAGUGACGUGCUGCAAGGAUCGGAAGAAUUAAAUAGCUGGAAGAAAACAGAGAAAUGUGCAAAAGGAGCUCAAAAAUAACAGCGGCAAAUAGUUAAACUAGAGACUACAGAGAGAGCUUGGGAUCUUUGAUUGCAAGCAGCCUGCGACUUCGAGGGUAAACGGAGGAUAGGAUUGACGCGAUUAAUCGUCGUGAGAAACAUGACCAAUGUACUAGUAAUUGCCCUUUGUCAAAUCGAUGGAUCCUGCCAUCCUCUAAUUGAUGCCUUGGCAUCUUCACGACAUGGUUUCUACGCAAGCAAGUACUUUUCCGACACCGAGGGAAUUAAUUGACAUGAUAAUGAACAUGAGGGCCACUCUCAUGUAAAGCUUAUAUGGAGAGUUUUGAAGAAGAAUUGCAAAGUGUGAGAUAAUAUUGACAAUCUGUAGCUUGGUGGUUGUGAUGGAAUCCCACCACUGCAGUAAGAGCAGGAUACCUCAAGCCCCCUGGGUGCUUUACUUUGAUGGAGCUUCCAGGAAACCUUCAGCGCAUGGGGGCUUGGGCGUGGUUAUUAAAAACAGCAAAGGGCAGGUAGUGGAGGAGGUGAGGGAGUUCUUAGGUGGAGGUAUCUCGUCGGGGUUGGCGAAAUAUAAAGCGCUGCUUGCUGGGUUGAAAAAGGCCAACUCCCUGCAAGUGAAGCACCUGCUCGUCAAAGGCAACUCGCAGCUAUUAAUCAACCAGGUGGUGGGACGCUGGACUAUCAAGGACACCCAUCUUCGAGACCACCUGAAAAAGGUGUGGGCGAUCUCGAAGGAGUUUGACAGUCUCCUCAUGGAGUUCAUCUCCAAGGAUCAGAAUACACACGCCGGCCGCAUCGCAAACGAAGCCAUUGACAAAGAUCUGCAAAUCCAGGAAGUUAUGACAGAGUAUUUUAAUCGAGGUAUGAGUAAUUGGCCAGUUGCACAGUUCAGGGAGCCGGUUCUCAUUUCGCCACCCUCACGAGUAUCGACAACUCUUUCAACUAUAAACCCUCGACCAGUGUCUCCUGAUUCUCAAUCUGACUUUGACAUGAAGAAAGACUCGCCCAUUGCAGGGUCGAGGCCCUUAUCUUUAUUCCUCCAGACAUUGAUUACGAGGAGGAAAGCUCAUGCCAAUUCACUGCAGGCUCGUGUUAAGUCCCGCUUAGACGACAUCCAGACUUCCAAUUCUAACGUCACUAGAAUAAUCAAGAACUUUAGUCACAAACUUAAAUCAGAUGGUUUCUGGAACCAGGACCCCGACAGGUUGUCGAUCUAUGAUGAAUCCAGCUCCACUGAAAGCGAAGGGCAGGGUUGCUUCGAAACCUUUACUCCAGAAGCUACAGGUCCAGUCCCUUCGGCUUCGGCCAUGGUAACGUCGGACGAGAACAACGAGAGCGACGAAGGGGAAGAUGUAGACAGCGACUUCUCAAAGCUCUCAUUAGACUCUCCUCCCUUGCAGUGCACCACAUCAUCAUCUAGGAUAGCGGAUGCUGUGGCUGCAGAUCUUUGCGCGGUCCAAUUGUCCGAAGCCGACUACGAUCGUCUUGUGUCUGCUGUGAUCGACAGGUUGAAGAAGACCUAA